UUAAACCGAGGAAGGUAAAGAAACAUCAGGGGAUAUAAAAUGGCCACCAUGAGGUAUGGUCCUGCAAGCAUGAUGCUCAGGGAUGAAGAUGAAGAUGAAGCCAAAGCAGUUGAUGAUGCUGAUCCAAAUGCAGUGAUGCUGUGCCCUUAUGACAGCAACCACAGGAUCCGUGCGUGUCGCUUCCCCUAUCACAUCAUCAAGUGUGCCAAGAAUCACCCCAAACUAGCAAAAGAGCAUAAGACAUGCCCCUUCAAUGCCAAGCACUUGGUUCCCUCUCAUGAGCUGGCACAUCAUAUCGAGCACUGUAAGGAUAGAUGCUUAAUUACCACGGAGGACGAGGACAGUGCUAGAAUGAACCCGAAAUUUCACGUGCCUUCUAUGUGGACCGCCCCUGCAUGUGAAGAGGACUGGGAUAAAGAGGCUGAUGAAAACGCAAAGACGUUUGUGUGGGGUGUGACGAACAAUCUGCUCCCCGUAAAUCAACCUGAGCAACCAGUGACCAACAACUUGAAGGCUGGAAUCCGUGCACCUCGAACUCUCCCCGGGAAAUUCUGAUAAAUCCCUUCCAUGUUCAUUUUGUUCUGCAUCUACAGCCAACUGAAGAGUUUUUAUUAUUGACCUUUAAAAUACUGACCCCCCCUUUUUUGAUAAGCUAAGCUUAUGCUAGCUUUUAACAGUUUUGAGACUGACCCUACUUCCCUGGAUUUUAACUUGAUUUAAGUCAAACAAAGAAGUAACA